AUGGCGAGUUCGCUCGCGCUCGCGUUGAGUAAGCCGGCACACCAAGUGGGCGAGGUGUUCGCCAUUGCCAGCUGUUGGAUCACCAAGAGCGGCCACUUGGAAGCCAACGACGCUCAAGUCCAGAUCCUCUACAGCCCAGCGGGCUUGGCAAAGUGGGUGAUCAUCGUGGCGGGCAAAGGGACCGGCAUUCUGCAGCAGCCACUUCACACCCCGGCCUUCUUCCUGCAUGACCCGGCCACACGCGAGGAGCUUCGUCGCGCCGUCGCUGCUCCGCGCAAGGACACCACCCUGACCGGCGAGCGAGACGGCAUCAUGGGCGAAGGGCAGUCUAAGUUGAACGGGGCCAUCGUGCAGGGCGAGAAGGACGCUGUGCUCAAGUUUCUUGAGACCAAGAAGCCCAGCACGAAGAAGCUCAACGCCGGCCUGCACCGUGCAGCAGCGGCAGGCCAAGCCGACAUUUUAGAGCUCUUCAUCAGUAACGGUGCCGACGUCAAUUCCGGGACCAGCGGAGAAGAGUUCGCCAACAGCACCCCGUUCUGCCGAGGCGACAAUGUGACAGCCCUCCACAAGGCGUGCCUGGCCGCCAACGCGUUCUGUCUCAAGCAUCUCCUGCAAGCGGGCGCAGACCCCAUGGCACAAUGUAGGCUGGUGACCAGGGAGGGCCACACCACCAAGGACAAGGUCACGCCGGCAGAGUGUGUGCUUCUGGGCGAGGACGAGAAGACGGAGAAGGAGCGGGACAUCUGCUUGCAAACGCUGAUGCUCAAAGGGCUCACCGUCAACUACUCCAACGAGGACGGGGACACCCUGCUCCACCUGGCGGCGCUCAGGAUGCACCGGGAGAUCGGCAUGACGCUCGUCGCCAAAGGCGCCAACGUGAGCGCCACGAACAACAGGGGCAGGACCCCGCUUCACAGCUACGCCGAGGGGAUGGCCAAUCGGCUUGGGCACUUGAUGAUGACCGAGAUCAAGGACCCACAGAACGAAAUGCGAAGAGUGGGGCAGAAGGACACGUGGGGCGACCACAUCAACUUCUUUGUUCGAUUAGGCGCGGACGUGAACGCGACGGACAGCGAGGGCUACACGCCGCUGCACGUCGCCUGCUUCGCCUUCUCCUACCAGACCUACUUCAUCUCCUUCCGCAUCUCGGCACUCGACUACGCCGAGGUCUACUUCGCCGACUGCGAAAUCUACAAACGCUUCGUGCAGGCCGGGGCCAACCCCAACGCGAAGGACAACGCGGGCCACGAUCCGCUGAGCCUCAUCAAGGACCGCGUCGGCUUUGUGGCCGCGCAGAAGGGCCGCUGA